CUAUCUGAGAAUGGAUGUUUUUUUAAGCUGCACACUGAGCCUAAUUUUAAACAUCAAAUGGCGGAUAUUGAUAUAGAAAGGUUUAAUGUAUUCAAUGCUUAUGAUCAGGCUAGGAAAAAUAUAGCUGUAGAUGAUUCUUCCAAAUCUAUUGAUCGUUAUGGAUUUUUGAACUCUAUAGAAAAAAUUGAUAAUGAUAAUAUUAUUGCAAAUAAAAGUAAAGAAAUAGAAGUUGAGCGCACUAAAAAAUGGUUAAAAAUGUUAAAAAAUUGGAAGAAAUACUUUCCUUCACAAAAACUUACUAAAAGAGUAUAUAAAGGAAUUCCAGAGCAUGUUAGAGGUGAAGUCUGGGCAAGAUUAUUAGAUGUAUAUGGACAAAAGCAUCAAAAUAGAACUUUAUAUAAAGAUCUUUUAGCUUGGGCUCGCAAGCAUUCGAAAGAAUUGAAACAAAUCGAUCUAGACGUUAAUCGCACCUACAGAAAUAAUAUUAUGUUCGCCGAAAGAUAUGGGAUAAAACAGCAAUCAUUGUUCCAUAUAUUGGUAGCCUAUUCCGAAUACAAUUUAGACAUUGGUUAUUGUCAAGGCAUGAAUCAAAUCGCCGCUCUACUACUGAUGUACCUUAACGAAGAAGACGCAUUUUGGGCUCUUUCCCAACUGAUGACUGGCAAACGUCAUUCUAUGCACGGGUUUUUCGUUCCCAGCUUUCCCAAACUUCAUAGAUUCGAAACCCAUCUAGAAAAAAUAAUGAAACAUUUUAUGCCCUCCCUCAAGAAACAUUUCGAUAAACAGAAUAUUGCCCCUGGUCUUUAUUGUAUCAAAUGGUUUUUGCAGUGUUUCAUCGAUAGGACACCAUUCCAUCUUACCUUACGCAUAUGGGAUAUUUUGAUGCUGGAGGGUGACAAAGUACUGAUCGCAAUGUCUUACACGCUAUUGAAGAUGUUUAAAAGAGAUCUCCUGAAAAUGGACAUGGAAAGGUGCCUGACUUUUCUUACUACAGAACUACCAACUCCAGGAGGAAUUUUGGACAAGAUAGGCGACGACCAUCUAAUAGCUUUGCUUAAAAAGAAUGCAUUAGAACUCCACAAAGCCCACCUGCUUUAUCCAAAAAUUCUACCUACUGCCUCCGAAUUUCCAACUAGAGUGUUAGGCCAUGUUCUUCUAAAUUAUUCACCUUCGAAUGCUGGCAACUUUAAGAGGAUGGAAAGAGUCGGGGAUAAUAAGGUUCAAGAAGUGUCAUCUGCCGAAAUGAUUCCCCCCAUUAUUUUUGACGAUCGUAACGAAUACAAAGAUAGGGUUCCGACCUAUUACGAUGAUAAAAGUGGCUCACAUUUGGUCAACGAUUACAGCUGUGAAUCUAAAACGCCUAGCCUUUCCACUAUCCUCAUCAUAGAUAGGGGGAAAUACCCGGCUGAACCCUCCUUUUCUCCCACCUCACGUAUUCAAACUCAUCAACCCCAAGGCUUCUAUACGCCCACAUCAUAUAAGGGCCGACCCCCAGAUUCCCUUAUAGGUGCCUCACACAAAGUUUUCCCCACAUGUCGUUACACUUCUCUGGAACAGAUAAAUUACUUUAUUCCCCCUGAGCCCGACCUUCCUCAGUAUUACCGCCUACAAUCGAGAGAUCGAGUUUUAAACCAAUUCUACCCAACAGCCCGGCCCGAUGACUUGAUUUUGUUACCAACUCGGUUCAAUUCAGAUAGGAUUCACAUAAAUCGGUUUCCCAUCACAGGGUAUGCGAAUAAAUCCACCAGUUUUAAUGUUCGCUCUCAUAGAAUUCAGCCUCAGGUCGAAGAUUAUUACCCAAAUAAUAUCGUAAAACACGGAAGGUACUAUCUAGAUUCGCGCGAUAAUCCUUCGGCUCAUAGCGACGGGGAAUAUAUGAACCAACCGCGAUAUGACGCGAGCAGAAGAAUUUAUCCUCUAGACCAUGGGCAUAACCAAAUUUACGCGGAACUAUAUAGUAGGAAUCGAAAUAGGAGUAAAGAAACAAUGGAUUACGACAAACAACAUUUCAGGGAAACCUAUGCGCAAAAUUCCGGCGGAACUACACCGAUACAUGACGCAGGUCUCGAAAGACGAUAUUAUUUUCUGAGGAGAGCCAUAUUAUCAGAGAAUUUUGUCUUAGAUAGACCUAAUAUACGUUAAGGAUUGGAUAGCUUGGUAUCGAUAAUAAGCGUUGAGUUGUACCGGGGUUGAAUAAACCAUUUUAAUUAAAAAUUAUUCUUUUUUGAUAAUUACAAUAUCAGGAAAUUAUGAUUAAAUUAUAUUUGAUCAUGUGAUUAUUAAUUUUGAAUGGACUUUGAAAAAAAAACCUUAUAUAAAAGAAAUUUACUUAUUAAAUUUUAGUAACAUUUUAAAUGUAUGUUAUAUAUUUUUGAUUAUUUUUGUGUCGUAAUAAUUUAUUCCUUUUUUAAUAAAAAUAUUAUUUUUCUUACAAAUCUUGGAACACUGAUAUACCAAUAUAUUGCACAAUUUUAAUAGUUAAUAUUAUUCUAUAAAUAAUUUUUAUUUUAUUUAUAUAUUUAUUCGAAAUUAUGUAAUUCCUGCGAUAUAUCCAUAAUUAUCCAUUAUCUCUUGUUAAUCAAAAAUAUUUCCCUAUCAUUUGACAAUUUUUUUGAAUGGCACAAACCCUUUAUUUCAAACUAAUCUGUAUAAAUGUGACCCAUCCUAUAUAUUUAUUUAAAUUAUUGUUUUAUAUAUUUUUAGAAUUUUUAGAUUUUUCAUUUUUAUGAUAAUCCUAAAAUUUAAAUUGAACUAAUUACUUUUUUAAAAUUUAAUUUAUGGUAUACACGAAAAAAAUCUCAGCAUUACAAUGCAUUUUUUUAAAAUACAAAACAAUUAUCCAACCGC